AUGCCAACUAAAGUCAACAGUAGCUGUCAAGACGAAGGUGACGACGAGUUAUUCAACGUCAUUUGUCUCCCAAAGCAAAGACGGGUGGUGCCAGCCCGAGCCCGACCGAGCCUUCAAAGCCUGAGACGGGGACCGAUAGCGGAACGCACGGACGUCCAGCCGCCGAGACUAAUUGAGGGUGACUACGCGACAGGAAUCCUGUUAGAUCCUGUGAUAGCUCGAUCUGAGACCACUCCUACGUAUCGACCCGCUUGUCCUAGUUCUUCCGCUUUGCACGAUAUCACGUCUCGAGGAUACAACACGUUUGUCCAAUCUGGUGUAGGUCCAGCUGAGCAAGUAGACAUGGCGGCUGAAGUCGCCCCAGGCCGACUUGUGGCUCAACAGAUCCUUCAUCACACUGCCACGCCUUCGUUUGACUUUACGUUCAAUGACUUUCUCAAACGUGAAUUCCGAUUUGGUCUCGAUCCUAACCGACCAGUCUGCAAGGCGCAGCAACAGGGCUAUUGCCCACUAGGGAAAGACUGCCCAGAUAAGCAUCAGACGUCGUCUUCUUACAACAAUCUUGUUUGUAAACAUUGGCUUCGAGGUCUUUGCAAGAAAGGAGAUGCAUGCGAGUUUCUUCACGAAUACAAUCUGCGUCGCAUGCCCGAAUGCUCAUACUACUCUCGAACGGGGACAUGCUCUAACGGAGAAGACUGUCUAUAUCUACACAUCGAUCCUGACUCUAAGCGGCCGACAUGUCCACAUUACGAGCGAGGGUUCUGUCCGUUGGGGCCGUAUUGCGCAAACAAACACAUAAAAAAAGCCAACAUUUGUCCAUUCUAUAUGGCUGGCUUCUGCCCAGACGGGAGGUCGUGUAAGAAUGGGGCGCACCCAAGAUUUCCACUUGAUCUCAAAAAACCCGAAGUACGUAUCGAGAAGUCCAAGGAAGAGAUAGAGAGAGAACGAAUGGAAAGAGAGCUGGAGCGAGAAAAAGAGGAAGAGCGAGAACGAGAAAGAGAGGAGAAGAACCCAGGGAGUACAGAGCGUGGAGGCGGAAAAUUCAGAGGUCGCUGGCGAGGCGGGAGGAAGGGGAGGGGAGGAAGAGGAAAUCGAGGAGGCGGGUAUUGA